GUAUUUUUAAGUCGUGCUGGGACUGGCUGAUACUUGUGGCCACUUUCUACGUGGCCGUGGUGGUGCCGUACAACGCCAGUUUCGUCAUGGACCGCGACCGACCGUCCGUGGUCAGCGACGUCGUCGUCGAGGCGCUCUUUUUCUUAGAUAUCAUCCUCAACUUUCGCACCACAUACGUGAACAAGAAGGGCGAGGUGGUGUCCAACCCGCGCUACAUCGCCACCAACUACCUGAAGGGCUGGUUCAUCGUGGACCUGCUGGCGGCACUGCCGUUCGACCUGCUGUUCGCAGCCGACGUCUACAGCUCGGAGACGCCGAUUCACCUUCUGAAGCUGACGCGGCUGCUGCGGCUGGUGCGACUGCUGCAGAAGAUCGACCGGUACACGCAGUACAGCAGCAUGAUCCUGACGCUGCUGCUUGUGCUGUUCUCGCUGGCGGCACACUGGCUGGCCUGUGUGUGGUACGUGCUGGCCGACAGGGAGCGGCAGCAGCACCCAGCAGACUGGGAUAUCGGCUGGAUACCGCAGCUGGCGGAGCGUCUCCACCUGCCUGUGGACAAUGUGACCACGGAGAUGUCGUACAUCACGGCUCUCUACUUCACCUGCACCAGCCUGACCAGCGUCGGCUUCGGCAACGUCAGUGCCAACACCAACACGGAGAAAAUCUUCAGCGUCGUCGUGAUGCUGGUCGGAGCUCUGAUGCACGCAGCAGUAUUCGGAAAUGUGACAGCAAUAGUACAAAGAAUGUAUGCUAAACGCUCAUUGUAUGACUCCAAGUGGAAUGACCUGAAGGAUUUUCUCACACUCUACCAAGUUCCAAAGGAGCUCAAGCAGCGGAUACAGGACUACUUUCAGACUAUGUGGUCGCUCAACCACGGGAUCGACAUGGGCGAGAUUUUGCACGACUUUCCGGAGGAGCUGCGCGGCGACGUGUCGAUGCACAUUCACCGGGAGCUGCUGCAGCUGCCCAUCUUCGUCACCGCCUCCACCGGCUGCCAGAAGCUGCUCUCGCUGCACGUCAAGGACAGCUUCUGCGCGCCCGGCGAGUACCUGGUGCACUGCGGAGACGCGCUGCACUACAUCUACUACCUCUGCAACGGCAGCAUGGAGGUCGUACAGACCGACAUGGUCGUCGCCAUCUUAGGCAAGGGUGACCUGGUGGGCUGCGACAUCCAGCGUCACCUGCAGGACGGCAGCGAUGUGGUCGUCAAGUCGAGCAGCGACGUCCGCGCGCUCACCUACUGUGACCUCAAGUGUCUGCACAUCGGGGGACUGGUGGAGGUGCUCAAACUGUACCAGGACUUCCAGCAGGACUUCAGCAACGACAUCCGGCACGACCUCACCUACAACCUGCGCGAGGGAUACGAGGCGGACGUCUCAUCGGUGAGCGCGAGCGUCUCCUCGGACACGGAGAACAGCGUCGGCCCCGGUCACACACUGCCCUCCAUCAGCGAGGACAACGAGGCAGAGGAGGAGGCAGAGGAGGUGGAGGACCCGCCACUCUCGCCGCAAUCGCCCAACAUGCGCCGCAAUGGCAACAGCAGACUCUUCUGUGAGGACUCGGAGCCGCUGCUGCGGCCGCGGCGGGGCGCCGAGCGCAGUCCGCUGGGCGGUCAGCACUCCACCUCCCUGUCGCCGAUGGUGCUCCGUCUGCGGCGGCUCGGCUCCCUGGACAACAUGGCAACCGACCGGCCCCGGGAGCGAGACCGGCCACCCGACGACAGCCGAGCCAAGGUCGACCAAAUUCACGACCAGGUCCAGACGGCCGUACAGCUCUUACAGACGCUCACGGCCCGCACGGCCCAGCAGCCCGCCGCGCGCGCCACCUGUGACCAGGAAACGCAAACUGAGUUUCCCACACGGAUGCUAGAGGAGUUCGUGUCGCGAAACAAGGACCGAGUGCUGGCCCUGCUCGGUGUCGGAGCGGACGGCAACCGCGUCAUGAACGCCGCCCAUCCACGCUCGCCCCAGCGGGGCGUCACCUUCGCGCUCGAGAUGCCCGUCGGGAAGAGCGAGAACGCCGUUCGGUGUCGCGCUCCCUCGCAGGUGACAGACUUUUAGCGCGCGGGUUCUGGCCGCGCGAGUGGGGCGUUGAUGAUUGUUACGUGCGACGCACAGGCACCCGGGUUUUAUCUUUGGACGAGUGUUUGUUUAUACCGUGAGUGCCUGUGCCGAGUGGAGGAGUGUGUGAGGUUUGGGAGAGAGUGGGUUCCGUUUGAGAGGCAGAGUAUUUUGCGGACUGACCUUAUAGGGCGGUUGGAUGUUUUGAGACAUGUGACGGACGGACGUCGGGCGGCGGCCAAGACCGGCCACUCAUAUUCCAGUCGAAUCAGACGAUCUUAUGUAUAUACUUCUUGCGCACUUGUUUCUGUGAUCUGCCCAUGCCCAAAUAAAGACAAUAUAUCAGCUCAUCAA